ACGGCCCAGGAUGGCGGCGGCGGCGGCUUCGAGCGAGGCGCGCCGGGUGCUGGUGUACGGCGGCAGGGGCGCGCUGGGCUCGCGAUGCGUGCGGAUGUUCCGGGACCGGGACUGGUGGGUGGCCAGCAUUGAUGUGGUAGAGAACGAAGAGGCCAGUGCCAGUGUCGUCGUCAAAAUGACAGACUCGUUCACGGAGCAGGCUGACCAGGUGACUGCUGAGGUUGGCAAGCUCCUGGGAGAAGAGAAGGUGGAUGCGAUUCUUUGUGUGGCUGGAGGAUGGGCUGGGGGCAACGCCAAAUCCAAGUCUCUCUUUAAAAACUGUGACCUCAUGUGGAAGCAGAGCAUGUGGACGUCGACCAUCUCCAGUCACCUGGCCACCAAGCACCUCAAGGAGGGAGGCCUUUUGACCUUGGCUGGAGCCAAGGCAGCCUUGGAUGGGACUCCUGGGAUGAUCGGCUAUGGCAUGGCCAAGGGUGCUGUUCAUCAACUCUGCCAGAGCCUGGCUGGGAAGAACAGCGGCAUGCCGACCGGGGCCGCCGCCAUCGCCGUGCUGCCGGUUACCCUGGAUACCCAGAUGAACAGGAAGUCAAUGCCGGACGCCGACUUCAGCUCCUGGACACCCUUAGAAUUCCUAGUCGAAACUUUCUAUGACUGGAUCAUGGGGAAAAACCGACCAAGCUCAGGAAGCCUGAUCCAGGUGAUCACCUCGGACGGAAAGUCGGAGCUUACCCCGGCAUAUUUCUAAACUACAUCUCAGCACCUGCAAAGGCCCAUCUGAAAACUCACUGAUGUAUUUCGCUGUGUCCAUGUGUGGUCUGUGUCUAAUGUAACCUUCUUCGUGGUCCAGGAUAGUGGGUCCUGUUUCUCUCUCACCUAAUGUUCAUCUGCUCUCCAAGGACAGUGUAAUAUGUUCAUGUGAAAUAAAAACAUGUGGGCGUGCAGGCCUAAAAUUGCAUCCACCAGCCUGUGCUAAACAUAAGUGGUGACAGGAGGCCAUCUCUGCCAUCAGCCGUGUGUUGGCUCACUUUAGACCAGUCGAGUGGUCUGUUGGCAUGGGGGGCGUUUUGAGGGCCGAGGUAUUUUUGAAUGUCAUGUUCAUGUUGUAGAUGUAGUUUUUGCAGCCUUGAUUGAAACUGCCUUAAAACUCCUUCUGUGAUGUCGGCAAAAUCCCACGCACUGUGUCGCCGAGUCCUUUUCUUGCACAGUUGCUCAGUGUCCCUGGUCUAGGACCGAGUGAGCGAGCGAGCUGCUUGUGAGUGUGUGGAAUUUUUUUUCCCUUAAUAAACACACUUCAUUUAU